AAUCUUGCCUCCGUCACUGUUAGUAAAACUCAAGUCUCUACUCCCGCUUUUAAAAGAAUCGCCGCCCGCGCAGCCAGCUUGGAUGCCACGGCGACGGCAAGCGCAGCCUACCCGCAUCCGCAUGGGCAUGGCGCCACCACCAUAUAACGCAACACCCACCGUCCUUCUCCCUCCGUCUCCGAUCCAUCCAACAAACUGAAGCAGAGCAAACGGGUCGGCUCGAGAUUCGGCAGCAGGGCAAUUCGGUGACCUGUGUCCGUGUGGCGUGCUUGCUUCUUGAUCAGGCGUCGGCAGCAUGAAGCACAGAUCGUCGAGGACCCGGUGCGCGCCGCCGCCGGUGGGAGUGCCAGCGCGCGGCUGGGGAGGGAGGACGCUGCUGGUGGCGGUUCGGAGGGACGCGGCCGGGAGGGAGCUGCUCACCUGGGCGCUGGCCAAGGCCGCCGCCGCCGGCGACCGCGUUGUCGCCCUCCACGUCACGACCGCCGGAGCCGCCGACGGGUUCGGGCCGGAUGAGAGGAGCAGAGCCGCCGAUUCGCUGGCCUCCGUGCUCGGCGCGUACGACGGCUUCUGCAAUCUCAACGAGAUCAGCCUGGAGCUCAGGGUCUGCCAUGGAUCAUCCGUCAAGAGGGCUUUGGUAAACGAGGCCGUCUCCUACGGCGCCGCGCAACUCAUCCUCGGGAUCACCAAGAACUCUAGGCAUCUCGGAUUGUCUGCCACCGUUGUGGCCAAGUACUGCGCCAAGAGGAUCCCGCAGAGCUGCACGGUUCUUGCGGUCAGCAAUGGCGCCGUUGUGUACCAUGGGAACGCAAUACAGGAGGAGAUCAACCACUGCUGCACUACAAUGUCACCCCGAAGAAACUAUUCUCUGGUGGCGGAGACACCACGAAGAAUCUACCGGAAGAUACUCGACGCAGCGGCGACGAUUGGGGAGAAAACUAAGGAUGACUCAUCCAUCGGCCAUCGCCGGUCCUUGCAGCGGAACAUGUCAAUGUCGAUGAGCGCCCCCGUCUCGCCAAAGGUAGCGGCAGCACCACCAACUCCGGUGACAUGUCACAGGCGGGAACUGCCGGAGGUGGCUGCCGGGUGGCCAUUGCGAAGGAAGGACAUCAUGCCUGCCUCGCCGGAGUGUUCGGAGAUGUCUGUGGUUGAGUGGGCAAUGCGGCUUCCAAGCCGGUGCUCACUGCUAUCGCCAGCCAGUUCAGUCAAAACUUCCGAUUACCAGGCGACCUCUCAAUCAAAAAGCGAUUUGACAGAGCCGCCGUCUCCGGUGACCGAGGAAGCAGCGGAGCUGGUCUCGAUCAGAGACAAGUACUCGUCAAUGUACACCAUGUUCAGUUACGGUGAUCUUGCGAGGAUCACCUCUGACUUCUCCCCAGAGCGGGUAGUGGGGAAAGGUGGUGCGAGCCAUGUUUACAAUGGCCGUGGCGAAGACGGCAAGGAGCUGGCGGUGAAGGUCUUGAAAUCUUCAGCGGAGGUGAUGAAGGAGUUCUCCGCGGAGAUCGGCAUCAUCAGCUCCGUCCACCACAAGAACGCCAUGGCCCUCGUCGGGUUCUGCGCCGAGCGCGGCAAGCUCAUGCUGGUCUACGACUACAUGCGCAGAGGCAGCCUGGAGGAGAUCUUGCACGGUGAGAAAGAAUGCAAGGGCUCAAGGUUAGAUUGGCCGGAGAGAUUCAAGGUGGCCGUGGGAGUCGCGCGCGCCCUCAAUUAUCUCCACGGCGGCGGCCACACCAAGCGUCCGGUGGUUCACAGGGACGUCAAGUCCUCCAACAUCCUCAUCUCCCAGGAUUGCGAACCCAAGCUGUGCGACUUCGGCCUCGCGCUGUGGGCGGCGGACGCGGCGGCGCAGGUCACCGGCGACGACUUAGCCGGCACCUUCGGGUACUUGGCCCCUGAGUACUUCAUGCACGGCAAGGUCAGCGACAAGAUGGAUGUGUACGCUUUCGGGGUGGUCCUUCUGGAGCUCGUCUCCGGGAGGAAGCCGGUGAGCUCCGGUGGCCCCAAGGGCCAGGAGAGCAUAGUGAUGUGGGCGAAUUCCGCCGUGCAAGGUGGCAAGCUGACAGAGCUCGUCGAUCCGAGCCUUCCGACGGACGGCGACAACGCCGGCGAGAUGGAGAGAAUGGCCCUCGCGGCUGCACUCUGCAUCCGUCGAGCACCGCAAGGCCGGCCUAGCAUGGCAAACGUCCUGAAGCUGCUCGACGGCGACAGCGACGCCGUCCAGUGGGCGAGGUCGCAGCUAGGCGUGCCCAACGCCUGCGACGACAACCACGGCGACGAAGAUUAUUACAGUGCGGCUGCUUCGCCGGACAAGAACGACAUCCAGUCGUACAUCAAGCUCGCUCUGCUCGACGGGGGUGACGAGGAGGAUGACGACGACUCCGCCUCCAUGGGUUGCGCCGUCGACUUCAUCGCCGGCAACAUGUCGCUGGAGGAGUACAUGAAGGGGAGGUGGAGCCGGUCGUCCAGCUUGACUGAAGACGGAGGCUCCAACCAUGGCGGGAGUGCACGGAUUUUCGUGUAGAUCAUCAGGAAUUCUUUUGAUUCUUUCGUUUAUGUGUAUAUAUGUUGAGUUGAGUUUUCUCUUUCUAGUUAGUUAGUAGGGUGGUUGUACAGUUUUCAUGUUUCAUCUAGCUAGUCAUUCAUGGAUUUGUUACAACAUCUGUACCAUUCUCCUCCAAGGACCAAAGGAGAAAAUUGUAUACAUUCCAGUUUGAAGUUUCUAUGAUACUGGGUGGGAGGGAACUAUAGAAUUACAACUUCGCAACAAAAAAAAAUACUACUCAUGCAAACAACCCUUGUUUGGAUGUGGGUAUUUCUAUCAAGUGUUCCGAAUUUACUGAAAUUUGAAAUGAACACAUAAGAUCCCAAGAAAAAUACUGCCCAUCCAAACAAUACCCAUCGAUGGAGAAUUCUGGUUCUAGAAUAAAUUAUGCAUCCGUUAUGGUGAGAACUAACUGUAGAUGCUUUUUCAAACUUAUUUUUCAGGGAUUUUUCAAAUUGAUGUGUAUGUCUCUGAUUGAACUACCCGGUUUAAACGCCUAUUACAGAAAUACAUGUACACUAAAUAAAACUUCAUGAUUGUGCUAAGCAGCGUGAACUUAAUCUUAAUCCCUGGGGAUGUUCCACGGAAUUCGCAGGUCAACGGAAAUGAUAGAGGUGGAUUGUAUG